AUGCAUGUCGUUCUAGGCUCGACUAAUAAUAAAUACAUCAAGAAGGCAAAAAAGAAACGCAAAGUAGAGAAAGAAGCAGAAAUAAGCAGCUGGGGACUUGCGCUGUUCCCCCGGGAUCCUCCUGCUGGUAACACAGCCUCCUCGAUAUUCGCUGACGGAGUGCCCGCUGAUCCUUUCUUGGACUAUGGCAUUGAACUAUGCGCUGCCAACAGUCAUACCAAGAAUACCAGGCUUCAACAAGCGUUCAAAGAAAGCAAGGGGGAAAAAUUGGUCGCAGAGAAGAUGCAUGUAGCAUGUCAAAGCCAAGUUUGUACCCAGAUUUGUCAUGCUGACGAGAAUACCACCCUACAGGCCAGGCUAAACUGCAGAGAUUUCGGCGAUGGUGAGGAAUCAUUCCUGGAGUUUGCUACCGGUGAGGAGUUGGGUAACCCAAGGCGAUAUCCAAAUUGGCCCAUACCCAGUUGUCAUUACUAUCUGCAAAAGAGAUGCCAAACACAAUGGAAAAGAACUCCGCAAGCGCCAAACCAAAGAGGGCUAUGUCAAGAGCAUAUUGCACUUCUAGGAUUCUAUGAUGCUAUGCCGUGCGGGAAAAGAAAUGGUAGGCCAAGCGACGAGAGUCAAGGUGGCCAGCCAUAUCCGACAGCACACGAAGAUAAGAUUGAAACAUGGAUUCCCCGUGCCCAGCGAACCUUCUAUACCUGGGCUGGAGAAGAGAAAUGCCACGGCGCUUGGCUAUGGCUGCGCAUCAUUCAGCCAUGGCCAAGGAGUCGGUAG